GUCCCGGUGGCGGCGGCGGCGGCCCUGGCUGGAUCCCGCGGCGGCAGCGGCGGCGGCAGCAGCCGGAGAACAACAAACCCCGGAGCCGGAGCCGGGGGAGGCUGGACGGGACGGGAUGGGCGACAGCGGGCGGGAUUCCAGAAGCCCAGACAGCUCCUCCCCCAAUCCCCUUCCCCAGGGAAUCCCACCCCCCUUCUCCUCCUGGACCACCUUUGCCCCCUUCAGCACCCCCACCCCCAAUGCCACCACCUCCACUGGGUUCCCCUUUCCCAGUCAUCAGUUCUUCCAUGGGGUCCCCUGGUCUGCCCCCUCCAGCUCCCCCAGGAUUUUCCGGGCCUGUCAGCAGCCCACAGAUUAACUCAACAGUGUCGCUUCCUGGGGGUGGGUCUGGCCCCCCUGAAGAUGUGAAGCCACCAGUCUUAGGGGUCCGGGGCCUGCACUGUCCACCCCCUCCAGGUGGCCCUGGGGCUGGCAAACGGCUAUGUGCAAUCUGCGGGGACCGAAGCUCAGGCAAACACUAUGGAGUUUACAGCUGUGAGGGCUGCAAGGGCUUCUUUAAGCGCACCAUCCGUAAGGACCUCACCUACUCAUGCCGGGACAACAAAGACUGUACGGUGGACAAGCGCCAGCGGAACCGUUGUCAGUACUGCCGCUAUCAGAAGUGCUUGGCCACUGGCAUGAAGAGGGAGGCGGUACAGGAGGAGCGUCAACGGGGAAAGGACAAGGACGGGGAUGGGGAAGGGGCUGGGGGAGCCCCUGAGGAGAUGCCCGUGGACAGGAUCCUGGAGGCAGAGCUUGCUGUGGAGCAGAAGAGUGACCAGGGCGUUGAGGGUCCUGGGGGAACCGGGGGUAGCGGCAGCAGCCCAAAUGACCCUGUGACUAACAUCUGUCAGGCAGCUGACAAACAGCUAUUCACGCUUGUUGAGUGGGCGAAGAGGAUCCCCCAUUUUUCCUCUCUGCCUCUGGAUGACCAGGUCAUAUUGCUACGGGCAGGCUGGAAUGAGCUCCUCAUUGCUUCCUUCUCCCACCGGUCCAUUGAUGUCCGAGAUGGCAUCCUCCUUGCCACAGGUCUUCAUGUGCACCGCAACUCAGCCCAUUCCGCAGGCGUGGGAGCCAUCUUUGAUCGGUCCCUCUCCAGGGUGCUGACAGAGCUAGUGUCCAAAAUGCGUGACAUGAGGAUGGACAAGACAGAACUUGGCUGCCUGCGGGCAAUCAUUCUUUUUAAUCCAGAUGCGAAGGGCCUCUCCAAUCCCAGUGAGGUAGAAGUCCUUCGAGAGAAAGUAUAUGCAUCACUGGAGACCUACUGCAAACAGAAGUACCCUGAGCAGCAGGGACGGUUUGCCAAGCUGCUGCUACGUCUUCCUGCCCUCCGGUCCAUCGGCCUUAAAUGUCUAGAGCAUCUGUUUUUCUUCAAACUCAUUGGUGACACCCCCAUUGACACUUUCCUCAUGGAAAUGCUGGAGGCUCCUCACCAGCUGGCCUGAGCCCACACCCAUCUGUGUGUUCCUCACACUUGAGGAGUGCCCUCCAAGAGGACUCUGAGCCUGGGGCAGGGUGGAGGGACCUUUUGCCCAGACAGAACCUUGAAUGGAGGGAUACAGAGCAGAACCAAACCUCUAGGGAUCCGCCAACCCUCCAAGGGGUUUGCUUGAUAUCCCAAGUUAGAAGGGGACCCCAGGUCCCUGUGAGUACUGGACGUUUCCAUUCGGUGGCCUUGAGUCUCUGAACUUGUCGGGGUCUCUCAUAAUUUGGGGUGAUUUUUCACCCCUGUUUGUCUCCCAGCACAAAGCACUGGCCCCAUUCCUGGAACCCUGUUUCCUUCUCACCUUGCUCCAUUCCCAUCUGAAAAGUGGAGAUGGGAGACUCUCCUAGAGGUGGAUGUUGAGGGGCAGGCCCCCCAAAACUGGUGAACAUGGAAGUAGACUCUGACAAGACUUCUUCCUUCUAAACCUGGUAGAUGAGGGCAGAGGGAGGAGGCCCUGUUACUAUCUUCUGUCCAAAGUCUCCUUUUAUUCUUCACCUCCCACAGUAGGACUGAAAACAUUUUUAAAAGGUGGUGGUGGUGGUAAAGGGGCUGUUGGAGAUGUUAGGAAGGGAUCUGCUAUUUUUAAUUUCCUCUGGGGAUAGAGACUUGCAGUUAGACUCAAAGAAGUACUGUACUUUCCCAGGUUGACUAAGAAAUGCCAGUGGUGGAGGUUGGUAUUUGGGCAAGGCAGGGCCCUGGGGUGGUCUGUCCCCAGCCCUUUCUAAGCCCUGGCCUUUCCAGUUCUACCCCCUUCCUGUGUCGCUUGGGGAAGGGGCCUGGGUUGUGGUGACAGGCCCUGGCUAGCUGGCUUGGUGAGUGUGGUCCAGGCUUCCCCUUCAUGGCUCUCCUGCUGUGGGCACACAGCAAGGCCCUGGGAUGGGGACCCUGGCCCGAGAACCCAGGGGAGAGGGCCAGCCUGCAGAGAACGAGUGCUGGGAUGCAUGAUUUUCCUUGAGGGGGGUCCUUUCCCCUCUCACUCGCACAUAAAAUCGCUUUCAAAUUAAAAUCUCUGUUUUCUGGACUGAGGUGACUGUGCAG